UCUCUGCCCUCCCUCUCUCUUCGUUUCUCUGCCUUCGCCCCCGCACUGUGCCUAGGGCUCCUGGGAGGCGACCGGACCGCGGCCUCCGACCGCUCGCCGCCGCCGGAGACAGCCUCUUCCGGCCGAGCGGGCGGUCUCCCAACGGAUGGACACCGACCAGUCCUCCGAAAAUCCAAUUGCCCACGAAAUUCCCCAAAUCCAGUGAAACCCUAGCUCUCUUCUCUCUCCCUAUCUCCCGCGAAGUAGACAAAGAGGCGUGUCCGUGGCAACGCCCGUCGCGGAAUCAUCGUCUGCACAGUCCUUGGGCGAGUCCACGCGGGGGUGCCGCGGGUCAGGAGCGUGGCCGUGUGGCAGCAGGCCUGCCCGCGGGCGUGCGCCACAGGGGCGGAUUGGGCGGCGGUGCCGUGCAGCUGUGCUAGCCACAGCAGCAGUGCUGUAAGGGCCAAGGGCAGGUGGUGUUGUAGACAUGGAUUUUAGAAAGCACCAACCUUCUGGCAAUCCAACCUCUAUUAGUACGGUGCCCCUGGAUUUUCCAAGCCAGGCAUCCGAGAAGAUUAAUUCUGUGAAUCAAGUGAUGUCAGCAGUUGUUCCAUAUGAAGCUCCUGUUGAUAUUGAUAUGAGGGAACUUUACUUUCUCAUUAUGCAUUUUUUAUCACAUGGUCCAUUCAAGCGGACAGUUGGAGAACUGUGCAAUGAACUCCUGGAACAUCAGCUGCUACCUAGAAGAUAUCAUGCUUGGUAUUCGCGUGGUGGUUUUCAUAGUGGUGAAGAAAAUGAUGAUGGUGUAUCACUUCCUUUGGGUUACCUAAAUUUAGUUGAGAGAUAUCCCCACAUUUGUAAAGACCACUUGGUAAAGCUUUUGAAGCAACUGAUGGUUAGUUCCUGCCGCCCAGACAGCUUGAUUGGAGGCGUGUCUCCAAAUGCUGCUGAUGUUCCAACCCUUCUUGGCUCCAAUUCCUUUUCCCUUCUUGCAUCUGAUAGGAGCGGUCAAGAUAAGGGAACUCCUAGUCUGCCAAGGUAUCUCCGUUGGCCUCACAUACAGGCUGAUCAAGUUCAUGGUUUAAGCUUGAGAGAGAUCGGUGGUUUCACUAAGAAUCAUCGAGCUCCGUCUGUACGUGCAUCUUGCUAUGCCAUUGCGAAGCCAUCUACCCUUGUUGAAAAGAUGCAGAUUAUAAAGAGAUUGAGGGGACAUCAAAAUGCUGUGUAUUGUGCUACUUUUGAUCGCACGGGGCGUUAUGUUAUUACUGGUUCUGAUGAUCGCCUUGUUAAGAUUUGGGCGAUGGAAACUGCAUUUUGUCUGGCUAGCUGCCGAGGCCAUGAAGGUGAUAUUACUGACCUUGCGGUGAGUUCCAAUAAUGCGGUGGUAGCAUCUUCUUCCAAUGAUUUCAUUAUCAGAGUGUGGCGUAUACCUGAUGGCAUGCCGGUUGCAGUGUUGAAGGGGCAUACAGGGGUUGUAACUGCUAUUGCAUUUAGUCCAAGGGCAGGUGCUGCUUUCCAGCUAUUGUCAUCAUCGGAUGAUGGGACAUGCAGGAUUUGGGACGCUAGGCAUUCUCAACAAUCUCCACGAAUAUAUACACCAAAACCUCCAGAUGUCACCCCUGGGAAGAGUGGUGAUGCAACUUCCAGUGCUGUUCAAGUUCAACCAACAAACCACCAAAUCUUAUGUUGUGCAUUCAAUGCUAAUGGAACUGUUUUUGUUACCGGCAGCUCAGACACUUUUGCGAGGGUGUGGAAUGCUUGCAAGAGUUGUUCUGAGGAUCAUGACCAACCGAAUCAUGAGAUGGAUGUAUUAUCGGGUCAUGAAAACGAUGUAAACUAUGUGCAGUUUAGUGGAUGUGUUGUAUCCAGAUCCUUCUCGUCCGAAAGCAGUCACAGCACUAAGGAAGAAAAUAAUCUCAAGCUAAGAAAUUCAUGGUUCACGCAUAAUAUUGUUACCUGCUCACGUGAUGGCAGCGCAAUUAUAUGGGUACCACGAUCUCGGAGAUCACAUGGAAAGAUUGGACGCUGGACACGUGCCUACCAUCUUAAGGUUCCUCCACCUCCAAUGGCUCCUCAACCACUUCGCGGUGGUCCACGUCAAAGAUACCAGCCAACUCCUCGCGGUGUCAAUAUGAUUGUUUGGAGUUUGGACAACCGUUUUGUGCUUGCUGCUAUCAUGGAUUGCAGAAUUUGUGUCUGGAAUGCUUCUGAUGGGAGCUUGGUACAUUCACUGAUUGGCCAUAAGGAAUCAACAUUUGUUCUUGAUGUGCACCCAUUUAACCCCCGUAUAGCAAUGAGUGCUGGUUAUGACGGAAAGACAAUCAUCUGGGAUAUAUGGGAGGGAAAACCUGUACAGAUCUAUGAAACUGGCCAGUUUAAGCUAGUUGAUGGCAAGUUCUCUCCGGAUGGAACGUCACUUAUCCUCACCGAUGAAAUUGGACAAAUAUUCAUUAUUGGUACAGGGCAGGGUGAGUCCCAGAAGGACGCGAAAUAUGAUCAGUUCUUUCUUGGAGACUAUCGACCCCUUAUUCAAGAUACAAAUGGAAAUGUUAUUGAUCAGGAAACGCAGCUCAUACCUUAUAGGAGAAAUAUUCAAGACCUUUUGUGUGACUCGGGUAUGAUUCCAUACCCAGAGCCUUUUCAGAGCAUGUACCAGAAGCGCCGGUUAGGUACCCUGGGUAUUGAGUGGCGACCUCCCUCUGUAAAUUUUGCUAUUGGCCCCACUUACAAUGCAACCACUGGUGAAUACCAAAUCAUCCCAAUUAUUGAUCCAGAUAGGUGGGAACCACUUCCAGAGAUAACGGACUUCAUUGAGCUUGAACCAGAAAAUGAAGUUAUCUCUGAUGAUACUGAUUCUGAGUAUAACGGCAUGGAUGACAAUUCUAGUGAAGGAGAACAGGAGGUUCUGAGUGGUGAUUCCUCUGGUGCUUCAUACUCAAGUGCAGAGAUUGAUGGGGAUAACCUUAGCAAUACUGCUAAUCUCCGCAGAUCUAGAAGAAAGAAGAAAAAAUCUGAUGUUGAUCUUGUUACUGCAUCUGGUCGGCGAGUUAAGAAAAGAAACUUGGAUGAGCAUGAUGUGGCUACUGUGUCAAGGUCACAUAGAGUUAGGAAGUCUAAGACUGGUCGCUCUAGCAAAAGGAAAAGGUCGCCUAAAUCUAGGGGAUUGCGACCUCAAAGACGUGCUGCUAAGAAUGCACUCACUUUUUUGUCCAAGAUAGGUGCUUCAACAGACGAUGAUGAAGAUGGCUCGGAGAGCAGUCUCUCAGACAGUGAAUUGAACACAGAAAGUACUGAAGCUGAGCAGUCUGCACGAUAUGACCAGCUAAGAAUUGGUAGAGAGAGUAACCAAUAUGAUUCAGAAGAUGUUACACAACCUUCCCAUUUCAGUGAAACUCGGGGGAAUUCUGGCAAUGGUGGAAAACUGGUCCUGAGGAUACCACGCCGUGAUUUAAAAAUCCAAUUUCCUUCAGAUAGCGGACAAGCAGAACCCUCCAAUCGUGACAACUCAGUGGUGUCAGUUGCGGCUCCCAAACACAGAGCGGCUGAGUUGGAACUAGCUUUUGAGCCUGAAAGUUCCUCUGCUUGCAAGACUGCACCACCAACGUAUGGAGGUCAAACUGUGACUUCUGGUCCACAUGAUGUUUCUUUUGUUCAUAGUAACAACACAAUCAAGUGGGGUGAGGUUAAGGUGCGAUCUUCAAAGCGUUGCAAGUUUGGUGGCUCUUCUGCUGGAGACAUGUGGCCCUCUUCAAAUAAUGCAGUUUCACAAGAUGUUUAUGAGUCUGGUUGUCAAAAGACACCUGAUGAAUAUGGUAAGGACGUCCAACAAAUGAUUGGGCAGAAUGUACAAAAGAGUCAACAUGCAGUUUAUCUGGAUAGCAUCCAUGAAAACAAUAAUACUGAUGUUUAUAGCGAAGGUAAUUUACCUGUGGAACAAAGGAUGACUAACAUCAAUAACAAUAAUUUAGAGGAAGUUAAUAACAAUGAAUCCAACCAACAGUUCCACAGUUCUUCUCAGUCCACCUUUAAACUGAAGUUCAGGUCAAGAGGCUUUCCAGACGGAACAAGUUCAUCAGACAAACCAAAGACUACUGCAGUAGGGAGUGACAUGAACUCUGAGCAUGAUAAAGUCUCCAUCCAGCAAGAUGAUGAUUCUCCCACCAAUCAACAUAGAAGCAGUGGCUUCCCUAUUGUGCCUAGAAGUUUCCAGGAAUGCACAGAUAAAAGCACUGGUUUCCAUGACUCAAAAAAGUUGCACUUUGAGUCUGCAAAAACGUUUGGUGCUGUAUACAAAAGAUCAAAGCACAAGAAAAAAAUGGAUUCAGAUUCCUAUGGAAAUGGAGACAGUACUUCCGUUUCCAAUGAUGAUGGUGGGUAUCAACCUCCAGACUACAGUCCAGUUACACCUGGUACUAGUAGUCUGAGAAGAAGCGCAAGGAGGUCAUGUGCAUACACCGACGAUAGUAGAGCAAGGGAUGCUAUCUCUCAUGUGAAAAAUUCUUCCCAUGAAGCAUCAACUAGUGGGAGACGCAUUGUUACAGAUGUAGGUGAUGUAAUCCGGGGAUCAACACCAAAGACUGCUGGUUUAAGGUCUUCUAGGAACAAAAGAGAGAGUUGCAAGUUUCCUGAUACGCAUUUAUUGGAGAAAAAGAACCAUGUAUCCUUGAAUUGUUGGUUGAUGUUGCUAGAGCAUGAAGAUAUUUACCGUUAUAUUCCUCAACUUGGCGAUGAGGUUAUGUACUUGCGCCAGGGCCAUGAAGAAUAUCUUAAUUCAAUGCGACUAUCGGAGAGUGGGCCUUGGAAUAGGAUCACAGGCCUUAAAGCUGUAGAGUUUUGCAAAGUUCAGGAACUUCGUUACACAACUUAUAGAGGCUCCGGUGAAAGCUGCUGUAAAUUAACACUUGAAUUCAUUGAUGACACUUCAAGCGGAUUUGGCAAAGAGUUUAUAAUCACAUUGCAAGAGCCGAUUAACUACCCUGAUUUUCUUGUGGAAAGAACACGGUUCGAAGCUGCUAUUGCCAGGAAGUGGGCUGUGAGAGAUAAGUGCAAAGUAUGGUGGGGGGAUGGAGUGGAAGGAGGAAGUUGGUGGGAGGGACGGGUAUAUCUAACAAGACCUAAGUCGUCUGAUUUUCCUGAGAGUCCAUGGGAGAAAUAUGUCAUACAAUACAAGAAUGAUGGUUCUGAUCAUCCUCAUAGCCCCUGGGAGCUCCAUGACUCUAAUGACACAUUAGUUCCAUGGAAACAUCCACAUAUUGAUUACAGUAUCAGGAAUAAAUUGUUAUCAAGAGUGACCGAAUUACAGAAAACCUCUCAGAGAAAUCAGGAUCGCUAUGGUGUUCUGAAGUUGGAUACUGUUGCAGGAAAGUCAGAUUUCAUAAACAGGUUUCCCGUCCAAUUUUCCAUUGAGGUGAUCAGGGCAAGACUGUUUAAUGAUUACUACAGAACUCUUGAAGCUGUCAAACAUGAUGCUACUGUGAUGCUUGCCAAUGCGGAGUCUUAUUUUUCAAAGAGCGCCGAAAUGACCAAAAAGAUACGCAAGCUAUCUGAGUGGAUCGAAGAUAACAUUCUAUCACUGUAGGAGCAGAAUUUGCCUCAGGCAGUGGAUUUGCCAUCUUGGUGUUACCGAGGCAUAGUUUUGUUAGAGCAAUGAGCAAAAGUGCUUAUCUUUCUGGUGUAGUAACAUUUUAAAACUAUUUGAUCCCUUGUUUGCCGAUACAGAUUGAUCUCAACUAACACCUCUGGACAUUUGACCCCCAUCUUGCCCGUGAAGACAGAUGGAUUCCUAUCGGACCAAGAAAAGAAAUCGACAGCCUUAGAGAAUAUUCUAGUUUGUAAAAUCUGGUAGAGAUCAUGUUCUACUGGAUUAUUGGAUUUGUAUAAACCACUGUACAUCGUCAAUAAAUAGAAGGCAAAGAAAGGUUCAUCACCA